AUGCGUACAGAACACAAAACACAACCAGUUCCACCUACAACGUUACCAAUGAUUCUCCAGAAUCCCCCUCGAAAGAUGGAUCUCUUGGAUAAAAUCAGUUAUGAGGACAAAGAGUUGUUAAAGCGAAGUUGGUCCAUACUGGCAAAAAAUAUCAACGACACUGCAUACUGUAUAUUUGAUAUGAUAUUCUCUCAAAGUCCGGAUACUAAACAGCUUUUCCCGUUCAUGAAAAUCAGAGCAGCUGGCGACACAAAACGUUCACGUGAAAUGGAAUUUCAUGCGUUAAGAUUUAUGCAGGUGCUGGAGUCUGUCGUGAUGGCGAUUGACAAUCCACAGUCGCUAGAUCCACUUUGCGAUAACCUCGGACGGGUGCACGGACGACUAACAGACUCAAGAGGUUUCAAACCACAUCACUGGGGAGUGUUCAUCGAAUGUACAUUGUUUCAUUUCCGAAGAGUACUAUCAGGGGACAAUUAUUUUCAUAAUAUAGUCACUUUGGAUAGGGCGAUUAUUGUAUGGCGAACAGUACUGCGGAUACUUAUCAAAAGAAUGAAAGUUGGCUUGGACAAGGAUUUGAAGAAUCGACAGGCUAAUAGGGAUGGUGAAGAACUCACUUCAGCAUCCAGUCAAAGCCCUAUUGCAGAUUUGAAUGUACCUCACUCCUUGACAUUGCCGAUGAUAAAUGGAAAAGACAAAGUUCUCGUGAAAUCAAAACCGGAAUCGUCUGGAUUAUUCCGACCGUUACGAGAUUUCGCAAGGAGGCGAAUAAUUGGCAGCAACGCCAAUUCAAACGGUCUCCACCGACAUAAUUAG